ACCACGUCAAGCUUCUCUUGACUAGGAACAUGGCUUUGUUCAUAUAGUGUAUAUACAUUAUCUUUUCUUUUCUUCUUCUUUCCUUUUUUACGAGGCAAUCUCAAGACCCACCACCUACAACUCUCCACACCCGUCCUUCAACACAGAUCAAUAUGGCACAGAAAGCAGCAAAAACUCUCGCAACGCGAAAUGCCUCUCUUCUGCUUCGCACUCAUAUAAUCACUCUUUGUCUUCAUUCAGCCUUCCUCCUCCUCCACUGGAUUUUCAACCGUCCCCGCUCUUUAACGCCCUAUAUUGUCCUUGCGUGCCCAACUCUAGCAAUUGAGUUCUAUCUGGACCGCCUAGGCCGUCCACGUUAUAACCCCGCCGAUGGCUCCCUCCGCGCCCCGGGAGAGGACCUGGGAGCUGCCGGCCUUACCGAGUAUAUGUGGGAUAUCUUGUAUUGGACCUGGGGCUGUAUCGGCGCGGUCUGUGUGUUUGGCGAUCGAGCCUGGUGGUUGUGGAUUGUGGUGCCAUUGUACUCUAUCUGGUUGGCAUAUACCACUUUCACGGGGAUGAAGAGCGGAUUAGCCGGAAUGGGUGGGACGGGUGAGACAGAGCCAGCUGUUGCAGAAAGCAGGAGGCAGAAGAAGAUGGAGAAAAGAGGAGGCCGAGUACAAUAUCGAUGAAUUGUUGAAUGUAGUAGCUAUUAAAUGUACUUUUUAAGUUUUAUUUUGUUUUUGGGUUUUGCCAUGAGCAGAGUGAGCAUAUUGUUGAGAGAUGACAAAUAUACACUGCAGUUCACCAAAAGUUGUUUGAUUAUGUGUCAGCAUGAAUG